AUGCACGCAAUCGCAGUCACCGAAUAUGGCCCCAUAACCAACCUCAAAACACUCGACCUUCCCAAACCCUCUGAUCCUCAAGGCCACGACAUCCUCGUCCGCGUAAAAGCGUGUUCCGUAAACCCAGUCGACACAAAAGUACGAGCAGGCACCUACGACGACUACCCAGACUACUACGAGCGAACCCCCAAACUGCCCCAAAUCCUUGGUUUCGACGGUGCCGGAGUAAUCGAAAGCGUCGGAUCUGAAGUCAUAAACUUCAAACCCUGCGACGAGAUCUACUACGCCGGCUCACCCAUUCGCCAAGGAAGCAAUGCAGAAUUCCAGCUCGUAGACUCCCGAGUCGUCGCUCUGAAACCAAAAAGUCUAGAUUGGGGUCAAGCUGCCGCUAUGCCAUUGACAUGGAUAACCGCCUACGAAGCCCUCGUCGAGCGCAUGGAGAUUCAAAAAGGUGAAAAUGCCGGUAUCUUGAUCAUCAACGGUGCCGGUGGCGUCGGUAGUGUAGCAAGCCAAAUCGCACGUCGAGUGCUCAAUCUACCCGUCGUCGUCACCACCGCAUCGCGAGAAGAGACAGUCAGAUUUUCAAAACAUGUAGGUGGUGCUACACACACAGUAAACCACCACCAAGACAUAGCCGCCGAGGUUGAGAAACUGAAACUCGAGGUACCGAUUAAAUACAUCUUUAUUACUCACACACCAACGUCUGGUUAUCUUUCCCCCGCAGCCAAAAUCUGCGCGCCAUUUGGGAAAGUGUGUUCGAUUGUUCAGGACAAGGAGAUGCCCAUGUAUGGUACUGAGUUCAUGGCCAAGAGUCUGACUUUUGUGUGGGCGCUCCUAGGCACAAAGCCCUACUAUGGCGUCGAUGCGGAAAGCCACGGGAAGAUUCUAAAGGACUUGACUGGCAUGUUGGAUGAUGGGACCAUCAAAUGUCACUGUAUGCAGAAGCUCAAGGUUGAUGAGGAAGGGUUGAGGAAAGCGCAUGAGAUUAUCGAAGGCGGCAAGGCUGUUGGGAAAGUCGCUUUGGAGUUUUAA